CUAACUACUCUCUCUCUCUCUUGCAGUGGUGGUGACGUGUCUAGUCGCGGAGGCAGUAAGCAUAUGCAUCCCACCUACAGCUGUCUCCAACGGCCGGGUUACUUUGGGGCGCGGGGGCGUGGUGGCUUCCUUCAGGUGUAAUGAUGGAUAUGCCCUUCAGGGGACGCCCAUAGCGGUGUGCGUGGGGGGGAAGUGGUCCACGCCGCCCCCUGCUUGUGUCCUCGAAGAUGAAGGGGGAGGGCGCCCCACCCCACGCAGGCGUCAACGAGGUAAGGGACGCCGCCCACGCCCCGCCCACGAGAGGGGUCGAGCGCGCCCAGGACGCCCACGGAGGAUAGAGAAGCAGGAGGAAGAGGAAGUGAGGCAGGCGUCAGAGGAAGAAGAGGAGGAGGAGGUCCCUAUGGAGGAUAAGGAGCAGCAGGACCAGCAUAUAAUCAGUGCAUAUAAUGUAGUGGAGACGUCCCCGGCACUGAAGAAGCUGCUUGGUGAAGAAGUAGGGAAGGGAGAGACCAAAAACCCUUUUGAUGACGAGGAAGAGGAGCAAGAAGAAGCGAAGGGAGGAGAGGAAGUGGUGGAAGGAGAGGAGGAAAAUGAGGAGGUGCAGGGUCAACAGGAGACGCGGGAGGAAAGGAAGAGGAGGAGAAAGGGUCGAAGACAAAGAAAGAAGGGGAAGAAAGGAGGAGGUGGAAAUGGAAGAGGAGGAAGACGAAAAGCGAAAGAACAGGAAGCAACUGAUGAGGGAGAGAACGAGUCAGAACUGCAAGUCCCAUCAACCUCAGAGGAGAACGUGAUGGAGGGGCAGGAGGCGGCUGUAACCACGACCUUAAGCCCUGCAAAUGAAAGGCUAAUGAGGCGCAGGGAAAGAAAGAGGAGGAGAAAAGAGAGGCGACAGAGGAAGGAAAACCAACGGAGAAGAGGAGGAGGAGGACGAAGAGGAGGGAGAAGAAAGGUGGAGGAAGCUGAGGGCGAGGAUCGAUCAACCAAUGAGGUCAGCCAAGGUCAGCAAGGAGUGGUGACCUCUGACUCCACAUCACGUGACCCACAACCGGGCGUGCGUGUAUCUGCGGCCGAGAGGAGGAGGAGGAGGCGAAGGAGGAGGAGGAGGAAGGAUAGGAAGAAUAGGAACGGCAGGGGAGGGAAGAGAGAAAGGAGGCGGAACAAGGGAAAGAAAGGAGGAAAUGGCAGCGGCAACGGGGACGAGAGGAUAGAGAUGAAUGAAGUUCCAGUAAACGACAUCUCUCUCCUUGAUACCAAUGACGGGGUGGCAGUCUUUGAGGUCGGCGCUAACACCCUCGACGACGUGCCUAUCGAAGUCCAGCCGGCGCUGCCCAAAAGACCCAAAAAGCAGACGGGCAACAGAAAACGGAAGCUUCAGCAAUCGUCGCGGGAAGGCAGACUCGACCAAACCAGUAUUGAGAGUGAAGUCCAGGAGGUUUUAACUACUCCAACGACCACCACGACCACCACGACCACCACUACGACUACUACCACCACUGAAACACCAAUGCGUCACCCGAAGGCGCCUGUACUUGCCCCAGUCGAGCCUCAGUACACGGUGGACGGAGACACGGAGACAACGCGUACUAUAUUUGAUUUCUACCCUGAGGACACGAGUGAGGAAGUCCCUGCAGACACGCAGAUGGAGGAAGAACCACGUGCUGCCUCUGAUGGUGAGAGAGAAAGACCCUCCAGCGACUCCGGCAGGAAAAAAGGCAAGAAGAAGAAGAAGAAGACCGAAACCUCAACUUUACCAGAAGACUCGACUGCAGAGUAUCCUGACGAAGACGUGGAGUUGCAGGAUUACCAGAACUACUUGUACGGCUUAGAGAACACUGAGGAGUCUUCCAGCGAGGCCACGGCACUGGAGGACCUGUUUCCAGAGGGUCUUCCUGAGGGUUACCCAACGGAUAGGCUAAGAAGUGAUGGGAACUUCUCUCAAAACACCAGGUUCAUUGAGACGGAGGACAUCGAUUUCUCGGAGCUGGACCAGUCAUGCGUCAUCUCAGAGGCUGACAGUAUCUACCUCCCGCCGCCUAGGGUCCGCCACGCCCACGUCAGCGCCUAUUACACUGUUACCAACCCGGCGCCGCCCCAUAACAAAUACGCGGAGGCGGUGUAUGAGUGUGAGUUCGGGUACCGCCUGAACGAGGACUUCACCAACAGACUCUUCUGCAGGAGAGAUAAGUGGCUAGGGAUGCUGCCGUCCUGUGUGGCUUACGCCAAGCAAGCCACGACGGGGAAGUGUGGGGAGAACAACGGAGGGUGCCAACAGAUCUGCGAGGCUACUGAGGAAGGGCGCCAGUGCCUCUGCUACAAGGGCUUCAGACUGGACGAGGACGGAAUCAACUGCUUGGACGUGGACGAGUGUGCAGUGAACAACGGCGGGUGUCGGGGUUCCUGCGUCAAUAGGUUGGGCUAUCACCGGUGCGGGUGUCCUUGGGGUUACCGUCUGGCCACCAACGGCAAGACCUGCAUCGAUAAGAAUGAGUGUUUGCUGAGGAACGGCCACGGCCCCUGCCAAGACACCUGUCACAACACGGAGGGCGGCUACUACUGCACCUGUCAUAAUCUUCCCGGCACACACCUGGCGAAGGACAACCACACCUGCGAGGACGAGGAUGAGUGUGCGAUCAAUAACGGAGGCUGUUCACACAUCUGUCUCAACACCUUCGGCCAGAUCUUUUGCACGUGUCCCGAGGGCUUCCUGAUGGCGAUGGACUGGAAGACGUGCGAAGACAUCAACGAGUGUGAAUACGAGGAUAUAGCGAAGGGGUGUACCCACGGCUGCAUCAACACGGUGGGCAGCUACCGGUGUGCCCAGGAGGACGAACUGGUGCAUGCCCUUCAGUGCCCCGCCGGUCUGGUGCCCACGGAGGACGGCGAAAGCUGUAAAGACGUGGACGAGUGUGAGGAGGACAACUUCAGCUGCUCGGACAUCUGCGUCAACUCUCACGGCUCAGCUCACUGUGCGUGUCCCUCUGGCUUCUCCCUCGCGCAGGACGAUAAGACUUGCCAAGACAUUGACGAGUGUGAGGACGGGACGGCGGAGUGUUCCCACGGCUGCAGCAAUUCUAAAGGCUCCUAUACCUGCACCUGCCCCGCCGGCCACGCCCUGGAAUCUGACCUCGCUACCUGCACAGACAUCGACGAAUGUUCCCAAGAUGCCGGCUGCUCCCACGGCUGCGAGAACACGGACGGCUCCUUUACAUGUACCUGUCCCGAGGGCCUCACGCUGCACACUGAUCUCAUUACCUGUGUAGACGUGGACGAGUGUGUGGCGGGGCACGGGUGUUCGCACGGCUGCCGCAACACCGAGGGCUCCUUCGCCUGCACGUGUCCGCGCGGCCUCUCUCUGGCGCCUGAUGGUUUCACCUGUCGCGAUGUAGACGAGUGUUCCGGGGAGCACAAGUGUUCCCACGGCUGUAAGAACACUGAGGGCUCCCACGCCUGCACCUGUCCCGAGGGCCUGCUCCUGGCGGCUGACCUGGCCACCUGCUCUGACGUAGAUGAGUGCGCCUCGGAUAACGGCGGGUGCGAGCAGGUGUGCGAGAACACGGAGGGCUCCUACCUGUGCAGCUGUCACGCGGGGCACGUCCUGGCCACCAAUCACACCUGCGUUGACGAGGACGAGUGUGCCGAGGACAAUGGUGGCUGUCAGCAGGAUUGCACCAACACGCCGGGGUCUUACGAGUGCUCCUGCGGCGAGGGAUUCCUGCAGGAGGGGAAGCACGACUGUAGCGACGUGGACGAGUGCGAGGAGGAUAACUUUGGAUGCUCCGAUGUUUGCGUGAACACCUUCGGCGGCGCCUAUUGCUCCUGCCCCGUCGGUUACUCCCUCAUGCACGACAACAGGACGUGUGAAGACGAUGACGAAUGUGAGGCAGGCAGCGGCAGUUGCUCCCACGGCUGUACGAACACUGACGGCUCCUUCACCUGCGAGUGUCCCGAGGGCCUUAGCCUUUCCCCGGACAGCGUUACCUGCCUCGAUGUGAAUGAGUGUGCUGCAGACAACGGAGGGUGUGACCAGAUCUGCGAGAACGUGGAAGGCUCUUUCUACUGUGACUGCGAGGAAGGCUUUGUCCUCUCCGACGACGGCGCCUCGUGUUUGGAUGUGGACGAGUGUGCCGAGGACAACGGUGGAUGUCAGCAGGAAUGUCUGAACGAGCCGGGAUCCUUCUCCUGCUCUUGCUUCCCCGGCUAUGACCUGGAGGACGACUUCCACUGCAGCGACGUGGACGAGUGUGCGCUGCAGCUGUCCACUUGCCAGCACGAGUGCUUCAACCUGCCCGGCAGCUACGACUGUCUCUGCCACGAUGGUUUCGAACUCUCCGUCGACAACCGCACGUGUGCCGACAUCGACGAGUGCGGCGUGGACAACGGCUGCUCGCACUUCUGCACUAACUUCAAUGGCUCCUACACGUGCCACUGCCCGCCCGGAUUCAAGCUCUUCGUGGACGAGCACACCUGCGUGGACGUGGACGAGUGCGACGAGGAUAACGGAGGCUGCUCACACGUCUGUUCCAACUCCAAGGGCGGCUACAAGUGUCUGUGUCCCGAGGGAUUUCAGCUCCUGGAGGAGGGAAGUACGCAUGAGAAGCUCCACGUGUGUGUCGAUGUGGACGAGUGUCUAGACAGUAACGGGAACUGCAGCCACGAGUGUCACAACCUGGAGGGCGGACACGAGUGCAGGUGUCCCUCAGGCUACAUCUUCCUGGAGGAUGAUGAUGGGUCACUCAGCCGCCACGAGUGUGUUGACGUGGACGAGUGUCGGGAACACAACGGCGGGUGCAGCCACUUCUGCGUGAACACUGAGGGCGGGAUGGAGUGCCAGUGCCCGCAGGGGAUGACGAUGCCUGAGGGCGGCCAAGCAUUCGAGUGCCAGGACAUCGACGAGUGCCUGAAGGACAAUGGUGGGUGCAGUCACCUGUGUACCAACCUGCCGGGCACCUACGAGUGUGGCUGUCCUGAUGGCUGGCGCCUCGACGUCCACUACGACGACAUGGACUAUUCCGAGGACGUCACCAACUUCGAGGUCUCCAAUGACGUCAUCUGGAGACAGUGUGUGGACGUGGACGAGUGUGGCGAGGACCGCGGCGGCUGUAGCCACAUCUGUCAGAACGACGAUGGUGGGUACCUGUGCUCGUGUCCUCCCGGGUACUGGCUGGGGCGGGACAACAAGACCUGCUGGGACAUCAACGAGUGCAACGUGGACAAGGGCGGAUGUUCCCACGAGUGCACCAACACCGAGGGCUCUUUCGUGUGCACGUGUCCCGAGGGCUUCGUGCUGCGGGACGACAGGAGAUGCCAGGACGUGGACGAGUGUGAGAAUGACAACGGAGGCUGCUCGGACCUGUGCGUCAACCAGCUGGGCCGCUACCACUGCGCCUGCCCACCGGGCUUCCUGCUGGAGGAUGAUGACUUGACCUGCUCGGACAUAAAUGAGUGUGGCAGAGACAAUGGCGGCUGCUCUCACACCUGCCACAACCUGCACGGCCGCUACACCUGCAGCUGUCCCGCAGGUCUGGUGCUGAAUGAAGAUUCCCACACUUGUGACGACGAGGACGAGUGUGACACAGACAACGGCGGCUGCUCACACGAAUGCAUCAACGAGGUGGGUUCCCAUGAGUGUGGGUGCCCCGCUGGCCUCACGCUGGCGGUGGAUGGACGCACUUGUCUCGACGUGGAUGAGUGUGGAGUGAAGAAUGGCGGCUGCUCCCACCAGUGCACCAACCAUGAGGGUCACUACACGUGUCUGUGCCCCGCCGGCACUGUUCUCGCCGCUGACAACCACACCUGCGAGGACGUGAACGAGUGUGACAAGAGGAACGGAGGCUGCAGCUACAAGUGUGUCAACACGGAGGGCGGCUACGAGUGCCACUGCCGCCUGGGGAUGGAGGUGGGGCGCGACGGGCACACCUGCCAGGACGUGGACGAGUGUGCCGAUGGGAAUGGAGGCUGCAGCGACCACUGCCACAACACCAGGGGGUCCUUCAGGUGUGAGUGUCCCCUCGGGUACUCCCUGGGGCUGGACGGGGCCACGUGUGAGGACAUCAACGAGUGUGAGCUGGCCAACGGAGGCUGCUCGCACGGCUGCAUCAACACUGAGGGAUCCUUCUCCUGCAACAAGUGUUCUGAAGGGUACAAGCUGGGGGAGGACUUGCUGACGUGUGUGGAUAUCGAUGAGUGCCUUCAGUCUCCUUGUGAACACGAUUGCGUCAACAUCCCAGGCUCCUACUACUGCUCGUGCAAGACAGGAUUCAGACCGAGGCCAGACGCCGCUCACCGCUGCUGGGACGUGAACGAGUGCGAGGAGGAUAACGGAGGGUGUGCGCGUGACUGCUUCAACACUAUCGGCUCCUACCACUGCCGCUGCCCUCGUGGCUACGAGCUGGGAAGGGACAAACACUCUUGCGAGGCCAACCCAACGUUCUGUCCUGUGAUGGUGGCGCCUCUGCACGGGGAAAUGACCUGCUCCCACAACCUCAUUGGGAACGCUUACCCUCACGGCACCUCCUGUUCCAUCUCCUGCUUCCUCGGGUUCGCCCUUCACGGUUCCCCCAAUGCCACCUGCCUCCCCACUGGUGUCUGGUCCGCCAACCCUGCUACGUGCCGAGCCAUGAAGUGUGCUAUGCUCGUUGACGUGGACCACGGGAGGGUAUCGCCGAAGAGGUGUACCAGAAGAACCUCCAGCGUGGGCCAGCACUGCUACCUCUCCUGCUCCCCGGGGUACAGAGUGGUGGGGAACCCCGUCAGGACCUGCCAGACUAGUGGAUUAUGGUCCCCUGAAACUUCCAGCCCGUACUGUGAAAAGGACUCCCUCAAGCCAUUCAUCCAGUGCCCCAGUGACGUGCAGGUGGAUCUGGCGCCCCACAUGAACUCCGCCUACGUGCGCCUUCCACAACCUAAGGCAAACGUGGACUGGUUCAGAUAUGCACCAAGUGUUUCCCGGAGGAGAGGCGACUCCCGCGACUCUGAGGACCCGAGGUACGUGGACGCCUCCCCGGACUGGGCCAAGCAGCUGGAAGCGGACCUGCCGGCGGGGAAGACUACUGUGACCUUCGUGGCGCGCUCCCCAAUGUCUGACGAGUCCGCCACGUGUUCCUUCAUAGUGGAGGUGCGAGACAAGGAGGACCCACAGGUGUUCGGGUGCCCUAAGUCCUUCACGGUGCUGCUGACGGAGGGGCAGGCGACGGCAGAGGUGAUGUGGAAGGAGCCGCUCUUCAAGGACAACGUGGAAAUCUCUCACUUAUGGAAAUCGCUGGAGCCCGGACGCCACCUGACGGCAGGAACCUACCCCGUGCAUUACGUGGCCAUGGACCCCUACAGGAACAGGGCCAAGUGCUCCUUCGUCGUCACUGUACAACCCAAGGAAGGAGGAGAAGGAGCAGGAGGCGGCAGUGGUGAUAGUGGUGGUAAGGGGGAGCAGUGCGGGGAGCCUGGAGAAGUGAUGGGCCUCGAAUGGGUGUGCAAGGAGCUGGCCUGGGGGCGGAUGUGUCGUUCCUCCUGCCUGCCUGGGUUUGUCAUGACCACGACCCCUCCCUCUUCACUUUACAUAUGCGGCCAUCACACCGGGCUAUGGUACCCCAGCGCACUCCUCCCCUCCUGCACACCCGCCGUACCACUCAAGUCAAGUGAUGGCUGUCUGCCCGGGUUUGAAUGGAGGGAAGCCCAUCCGAAUGUAUGCCUGGCGUGUGCCCCAGGGAUGUACAGUGGUGGGCAGGAACAGCAAUGUACUUCAUGCCCAGUGGGAACAUUCACGGACAAGUACGCAAGUAAUCCCGUGCGAGGGGAGACGCCCGCCAGCACCUCACCGGAGCUGCCGCAGGAGAGGACACUCGGAAGGCGCUUCUUCGACACCUUCUCCCUCGCGUCGCUCCGUCCGGGCUCCACUCUCGCCUUCGCCCACGCCCAGGCUCGCGGCGGCCCCAACAGCAACACACAAGCCUUCGCCCACGCCAGGGUCACCAGCUACGGCUAGACGCCCUGCUCCUGUCGCAUCUACGUUGCUUAGUCGUCUAGGAUGAGUGCGGUGUUGUGUGCUGUGUGUUGUGUGUGCGCGGGAUGUGCUGUUUUGUUAUGGAUGUUGUGUUCGAGUCCUUGGAGGAAUGCAAGAGAGAAAAUCCAUAGUAAUAUUUGUUUUUUCUUUUGUUUAUUUGAAUCGUGUGGGUUUAUAGACUUCUUUUCCUUCUCCUUCUACUCCUCCUGUAGCGUCAGACACGUUAAUUGUGAUAAAACAAUGCACGGA